AUGGCAGUUCUCUGCCCGCUGGUGUCUAUCAGAAAUCUUGAUCUAUGUUCUCCGGAUAGGAUUUCACAAUUCCAGACGAGUUGUCGGUGUUUCUUGUUAAAUUUUCUCGUGUGGAGGGCUGUGCGUAGCGGUAUCAUGAUUCAUUCUUGUUUGGAGUUGUCUUAUCGUACAAAAGCAUACGAUCAAGAGGAUUACUGUAGCAGGUUUUAGGCGCAUGCGAAGGCUGGAGACGUCAUCAAGCUCUGGAAACCUACAGAAGUUAUCGCGGCGCCUGGUGCUCAAGGAUAAGAAAGAGACGCUCUCACCAUCUAGGAACAGGUCCAUCAGCCUCGAUUGCGGUGAUGCUCGAGCCAUGAAAUUCUUCUCUUCCUCCGACGACACCAGCAUGGACGUGGUUGGUGGUCUCUCCGCCUCCCCCUCCGCCCCAGCCUACCUCAGCAACAAGGACGGAGAGCACUACAGUCCCAAGGUCAUGAGGGAUCUACGGCUGGCGGGAUAUUCCCAGAAGAAGAAAAGCCUUAGCAUUGAUGUUCCGGACAGUCAGCUACCCGGGAAAAGGAAGUCUGAAAAGGAGAAAAGGAGUCUUUAUGAUCCUAGCUCAUUGUUUGAUGCCGUAGAACAACAAGAUCUGGACUUGGUGAAAGUCAUCCUUGACAGCAAUUUUGUGGAUAUAAACAGCCUAAAUUCCGAGAAUCUCACAGUUCUUGACAUAGCCGUGAUGACCAACAACAUUCCCAUUGCCAAAAUGCUUCUGACUAAAGGCGCAAAGGAAAGUCCUGUGU